AUGGGUGAAAUGAUCAUGUCCAAUGACCCCUGGGACUUCCUGAACUCUGUCUUGAGGUUCAGGGACGAUGACUCCCAGUUCUGGUGGGACAAGACGGGACGCAUGUUCUCCAAGCUCCUAAAGUACGCCGGCUACAGCGCAGCAGACCAGUACCGCGAACUCAACUUUUACUCUCUCUUCGUCGCUCCUGAACUCGGCCCUUCACCAGACUGCCACGGCAAUGUUAGAAGAUGGAGAAGCCCCGGUACACCAGACUCUACUCCCAUCGACUUCAGUUGGGAAUGGGGUCGCGACAAUCAAGCCGUUAUUCGCUACUCCUUCGAGCCCAUUGGACUCCAUGCAGGCACAGAGCUAGACCCUCUCAACAGACACGCAACAAACGACUGGAUCUUCAAGCUCCAACAACAAAAGCUGGUUCCCAAUCUGGACCUGGAGUGGUACAACCACUUCACAAGACAAAUCCUGCCCCAUGGCACCCGGACAAAGACCGUAGACUGCUUCAUCGAAGAGACAACACCCAAGGCAGGCACUGUGGUGGCCCUCGACAUCGAGAAGAGCGGUCCCGUCAUGAAGAUCUACAUCUACCCAGGACUUAAGGCCGAAGAGCUCGGCAUCACGAACCUCGAGCUAGUGGAGCAGUCUAUCCGCAGCCUCCCGACCGAACAAUUCCAAUCACUCGGCGCCGAGCCACUCUUAGACUUCCUUAGGGAAGGCACAAAGAAAUACAACUUUGAGACGGGCAUUCUCGCCAUCGACUGCCUGGCGCCGAAAGAUGCUCGCAUCAAAGUCUACAUCAGAGCAAAGCACACAACCUUUGAGUACAUGAUGGACUGCCUGACCCUCGGAGGCAAGCUCGACAUGUCGGGUGAGGCAAUUGACGACCUCAAGGACUUUUGGAAGACCUUCCUCGCGGACGCACCGGAUGUGCUCGAUGAUGAAGCCCCUGGACGUGCAUCACCGGGCUUCUACUACACCCUCGGUUGCGGCAAAGCAAUCUCACCAAAGGUGUACAUCUCCCCCAAUUACUUCAGCAAGAAUGAUAUAGAUGUCCUCGCCCGCCUUCGCAGUUUCUUCUCUACUCGUCGGUCGGACUCAAUGAUGGACAACUACGAACAAGCCUUGAGCGAUAUCUUUGGACGCAAAACUCUGGAAUCUCGUUGCGGUAGCCAUUACUACGUUGGAUGCGCCUUGGCCAAGGGCCAGUUGAGGGUGGUAACAUAUCUCAGCCCUCAGUCUUUUGACUGCGAGAAGGACAUGAUUCAGGCUCGGAGGCCAUGA